AGCACUGUCGUGAAACAGUAUAAACACUUACAGUCUGUCAGCUGGCAAAUUCCAAGUGUCUUCAGAUUUGUUUUUAAUUUUUGCAAUCGGGAAGAAGUUCGUUUAACUCAACAGCAAAUAUUAGGCCAAGGCUUGGAAUUCGUCGGGCCCGGGGGAGAAGAAUGUCUUUUAAACCGUGUUACUGUAGGGGCGAGAGUAUCCCAGUCGAGUCGUUGGCACGUUGAGCAAAAGUGAAGAAAAAAAGCUUUCUUUCUUUUCACCGAGUUAAAAGCUACAAACGUAGCGAUUAUCCUAGGAGAUUUCCUCGAUUCGAUCUCAGGAUAGGCGAUUCGAUUAAUCCAAGAUGAGCAAGUACACCUACUCGACGGCCAAUCUCACAGACAAAGAGCUGAAGGACCAGGGUAACAGGCAUUUCAACAUGAGGAAGUACGAGGAUGCAGUUAUAUGCUAUUCGAAAGCCAUAAUUAAAAACCCUACAAUGCCGACAUAUUUUACAAAUAGAGCUCUUUGUCAUUUGAAGUUAAAACGGUGGGAUUCGUCGUGUCAGGAUUGUCGUAAAGCUUUGGACAUGGAUUCAUCUCUUGUCAAAGGCCACUUUUUCCUUGGACAAGCCCUGCUUGAAAUGGAAAAUUAUGAUGAAGCUAUAAAACACUUACAAAGAGCGAAUGAUUUAGCCAAAGAACAAAAACUGAAUUUCGGAGAUGAUAUAGCAAGUCAGUUGAGAAUAGCAAGGAAAAAGCGCUGGAAUGUUCAGGAAGAGAAAAGGAUUACACAAGAAAUUGAAUUGCUCACAUAUGUGACCAAAUUGAUCCAUGAAGAUGCAACGAGGCAAGUAGAAAAGGUGAAACAUAGCAUGGAAGACUUAAAUAUGGAAUUUGUUCAGGACCGAAUCAUGGAGAUUGAAGCAAAAUGUGAAAAUAGUAUAAGUGAGUUGAAUGCCCUUUUUGCCAAAGUUGAUGAUAGGAGAAGAAGGAGAGAUGUUCCAGAUUUUCUCUGUGGGAAAAUAAGUUUUGAAAUUUUAAGAGAACCCGUUAUCACACCUAGUGGAAUUACUUACGAGAGAAAAGAUAUAGAAGAACAUCUUCAGAGGGUCGGCCAUUUUGAUCCAGUCACAAGAGUCAAGUUGACCCAGGACCAGUUAAUACCAAAUUUUGCUAUGAAGGAUGUCGUAGACAAUUUUCUUCAGGAAAAUGAGUGGGCGCUUGAUUACUGACCUAACAUCUAUGUCAUUCUUUCUAAGAAUAAUAAUUUUUAUCUAUGUUUAUUUGUUAAUAACAAGUACAAGUACAAGAAUACUAUAAAAUUCAACAAAAACAAUAAUUUUAUCAUUUUUUCAUCACAACUCAAUUACAAUUAUAAAGUUUAUCUAUAUGAUAACUGUUUUCUAUUAAGUGAUAAAUUUGGGUCGAAAUAAAAACCCAUGGAACCUGAAGAACAUAUAGUAUUGAUAUAGUAACAUGUAAUAAAACAUUUAAAGCGAAUCUUCAGAAAGCUUGUAAAAAUUAUACGAUGAAAUAAUUAUUACAAAAUAUUUUACAUAAUGCUAAAAUAAGAUUCGUUUUAAUAUGCACCAAUGUCAUUUUGGGUCUUAAAAAGUCACUUUCUGGAAUAUAUAUCCGAAAUUCUAUUCCCACAAUUUAUUAUUUUUACAUCUGAAUUUGGCAUGUUGGGAUGAAAUAAUUAUAUAUUCAAAAAUACAUCAAAUUAAAAUGAAUGCUGAAAUAUGAACAGCUAUCAUAGCUAUGAUAUCAAACAAAAAAUAAAAGCUGUAUAUUAUUAUUUAAUGUCUAAUUUUAUUAUUAUUAUUUUUAUUUAUUUUUUAUCACGUGCAAAGAAAGACAAAAAUUAUUGUGAAAAAAUUAUGCUUAUAAAUUGAAAAAAAAAAAAAAAAAAAAUUGCGGUCAGAAAAAAACAAAUUACUACAAUAUACUAUGUAUAAUUUGGUGUGUAAUCAGUAAAUAUAGCAAACUAAAGAUAUAAAAAAAUUUGGCUGAUUUAAAAUCAAAUUAACUGUAACAUUCUAAAGCAGGAAAAAUAUAUAUGAUGUAAAUGGUAGUUAGAAUAUACCUGUUGUAUUUUUUAUCACAGCUUCAACCAUUUACAAUGUUGAUAUUUAAUUUAUUAUCAAAUGUCAAUCAUCAAAUUAAUUCAAUUUCAACUUAAAUUUGUUGCACAGAAUAUCAAAAUUUGGGAAAAGUUUUGCUAUUUAAAAUACUGUGCUUGUUGAUUGCAUGUAAUGACGAGAAACAAUUCAAAUGAAUGCUUCAUUGUUUUUAAUUUAAUUAAAUUGCUCAUUGUUACAAUUUUUAGGAAAUUAAAAUUAAUGACUUGCAUAUACUAAAUGCGAUCUGAUAAAAGACGUAGAUUGCAGGGAUAUGGGUUUUUACUAUAGUUUAUAACAUAAGGAUAAAUGAAAUUUUCCAAAAGUAAAGAACAAAAUUAAUGAGAUUGGAUAAACUAAUUGUACAUUGUGUUAGAGUUUUGUGUAUAUACCAUGUGAAUAAUGAGAAGUAUCAUUCCUAUUUUCAGUUUUCAUCUAUGUAACUAUGAAAAGUUGAGAUAAAUUUAUAAUUAUAUUUUGUUGUGAUUAUUAUAAUACAUAUCUUACGUUUCAUUGUUUCAUUUAUACAAGAUUUUUUUUGUUAUUUUAAAUAUUUUAUAUCUAUAGUAAAAUAAAUAACAUUUGC